AUGUUUUGGUUUUAUCUUUACUUUUUUAGUCGCAAUCCUGUUGAAGGUUUACUUGCUCCCCAAAACCCCUUUGUCUUGUAUGGAGUGUUGGGUAUACAGAGUUUGGCUAGGGAAGGGGCAGGGCGUCAAACCUGUUUAUUAUAA